AUGGCGGUGCGAAUGCUGAACGCGAACGCGGAGGUGGUGAGCAAAUCGGCGGCGCUCUUCAUGAACAUCAACGCCGCCAAGGGCCUGCAGGACGUGCUCAAAACCAACCUCGGGCCGCGCGGCACCAUCAAGAUCAACGCCCUCCUCCCCGCCCCCUUGUGCGCCCCUUGCCAAACUCUCCUCAACCCCUCUGUCACUUUUGCACGACAAAAUAGCUCUCUCUCCCUCUCCGCCCUGCAUCCACCCCCCGUGCCCCGCAUCCACCCCCCGUGCCCCGCAUCCACCCCCCGUGCCCCGCAUCCACCCCCCGUGCCCCGCAUCCACCCCCCGUGCCCCGCAUCCACCCCCCGUGCCCCGCAUCCACCCCCCCAAACCCCCCUGGCAGCAAAUUUGGAGCCCCACAGCAGUGAUGAUAGUGCGCACAGCGGUGGCGCAGGACGACAUAGCUCCUUCUCCCUCCCCUUAACCCCCUCCCCCCAUUCCCCCAUUUCCCCCCCUGUCCGCGCCGCCGUUCUCUUCGCUCUCUUCCCUUGCUUCUCUGUACAGCAAAUCCAGAACCCAACAGCGGUGAUGAUAGCGCGCACGGCGGUGGCGCAGGACGACAUAGCGGGCGACGGCACCACGUCCACCGUGCUGCUCAUCGGCGAGUUGCUCAAACAGUCUGAGCGCUACAUCGCUGAAGGCAUGCACCCACGCCUGCUGUGUGACGGGUUUGAGCGAGGCAAGAAGGCGGCGCUGGCGUUCCUGGAGGACUUCAAGACGACCGUCAGCAUGGAGGGGGACGCGCCUGAUAAGGACACUCUCAAGCUCGUUGCCAGGACCACCCUGCGCACCAAGGUAUGGCGCAGUGGUGGUGGAGUGGUGCUUCUUUGUGCGUGCAGCAAGCAAGGUAUGCGGGUGCAUGAGAAGCUAGCGGAUCAGCUCACCGACAUUGUCGUCAACGCUGUGCUGUGCAUCCGCAAGCCAGCAGAGCCCAUCGACCUGUUCAUGGUGGAGAUCAUGCACAUGCGGCACAAGCUGGACUGUGACUCACGGCUGGUGGAGGGGCUGGUGCUGGACCAUGGGGCGAGGCACCCCGACAUGAAGAAGCGAGUGGAGAACUGCUACAUCCUCACGUGCAACGUGUCGCUGGAGUACGAGAAGAGGUAUGCCAUUGCCUCCCACCCCAGUGCUCUCGGGCUCUUGUACCAUGGCGUGCACCACAGGGGCUGGGGGCUGGGUGCACAGGGGCUGGGUGCACAGGGGCUGGGUGCACAUGGGCUGGGUGCACAUGGGCUGGGUGCACAUGGGCUGGGGCGCAGAGGGGCUGCUGUUGUAAUCGUGUGUGCGUGUCCCAUGUGCCCCCCCAGCGAGGUGAAGUCGGGGUUCUUCCAUCAUGAUGCGGAGCAGCGCCACAGGAUGGUGGUGCCGGGGAGGCGAGGUGAACUCGGGGUUCUUCCACCACGAUGCGGAGCAGCCGAGGUGAACUCGGGGUUCUUCUACCAUGAUGCGGAGCAGCGCGAGAAGAUGGUGGUGGCGGAGAGGAAGUUCGUGGACGAGCGCGUGAGGAAGAUCAUCGCGCUCAAACGCAAGUAUGAGGAGAUGGUGGUGGGGGAGAGGAGGUUUAUGGAGCGCGUGCGGAAGAUCAUCGAGCUCAAGCGCAAGGUGGGUGGCUCAUGGGGUGAAUGCGUGAUUCUUUUUCUGAAGAGGAAGGUGGGUGGGGAAGAGGAGGAGAGUGAAGGAGCACCACAUGCAGGCUGCCUUGCCUCGAUCUUGUGUCACCCCAGGAGAGGCUCCGAUGCCCUGUCUCCUGUGUGCGGCGAGGGCGAGGGCGAGAAGGGCUUCGUGGUGGUGAACCAAAAGGGCAUCGACCCCAUCUCCCUCGACAUGCUCGCCCGAGAAGGGAUUGUAGCCCUGCGCCGAGCCAAGAAGCGCAACAUGGAGCGCCUGGUGCUGGCAUGUGGGGGCGAGGCGGUGAACAGUGUGGAGGAGCUGCAGGAGAGCGACCUGGGGUGGGCGGGGGUGGUGUAUGAGCACGUGCUGGGCGAGGAGAAGUACACCUUCGUUGAGCAAGUCAAGCACCCGCACUCGUGCACCAUUCUCAUCAAAGGGCCCAACGACCACACGAUAGCGCAGAUCAAGGAUGCGGUCAGGGACGGGCUCAGGUCCGUCAAGAACACCAUUGAGGAUGGCGCCGUCGUGCUGGUGGGUGUUGGGGGGUGCCGCUGGGUGCUGGUGUUUGCUGGUGGUCGCUGGGGGUGCUGGUACGUGCUGGGGGGUGCUGGAGGCUUCUGGGUGCCGCUGGGCCCUGGAAGGGCGCAGCUGGGAGUGGAGGCAUUCGCAGAGGCGCUGAUGGUGGUGCCCAAGGUGCUGGCGGAGAACUCCGGGCUGGACACACAGGACGUCAUCAUUCAGCUGCAGUCGGAGCAUGCCAAGGGCAACGUGGUGGGGCUGAAUGUCACCACGGGGGAGCCCAUGGACCCGCAUGUCGAAGGCGUGUUCGACAACUACAGCGUCAAGCAGCAACUCAUCAACUCUGCGCCCAUCAUCGCGUCUCAGCUACUAUUGGUGGACGAAGUGCUUCGGGCAGGCAGAAACAUGCGCAAGGGCUAG